GUGUUUGCAAAACCCCAUUCUCUCUUCUUUAUCAUCGUCUACCUCAUAAUAAUCACACACGAGAACAAACUGAAACACAAAAUAAUUAAUUUGCAUGGGCGGUGAAAAGAUGAUCACCUUGAACCUUUGCUUCUUGUAUCUGUUGGUUGUUGGCAUGUUGUUAAGUGGUGGUCUAUUAGUCAUGGCACAAGAUGAUGACUACAGCUACGAUGACACUGGUGCAGCAGACGCCUUUCCGGCGAGUGGAGGGAUGGUUCCGGCUAUGUACAUAUUUGGUGACUCACUAAUAGACAACGGGAACAACAACGACCUGACUUCUUUCGCUAAGGCUAAUUAUUUUCCUUACGGAAUUGAUUUCAAUGGAGGUCCUACGGGUCGAUUCUCCAACGGUUAUACCAUGGUUGAUGAAAUAGCGGAAUUGCUAGGAUUGCCACUGAUACCACCCUAUUCCCAAGUAUCAAAUUCUAAAGAUCAGAUGGCUCAUGGUGUCAAUUUUGCAUCGGCAGCUGCUGGGAUCCUUGAUAUUACCGGCCGGAAUUUUGUGGGUCGCCUCCCAUUCAACCAACAGAUAAAGAACUUCGAAAACUCUUUGGAUCAAAUCACGGGCAAUUUGGGUGUAGGCGAUGUGGCUCAGAUGCUUUCUCGGAGCAUUUUCUUUGUGGGAAUGGGUAGCAAUGACUACCUAAACAACUACCUCAUGCCAAACUUCCCCACCCGCAACCAGUACGAUGGCCAACAGUUUGCAGACCUUUUGUCUAAGGAAUACACCACUCAACUCACUAAACUCUACAAUCUUGGAGCCCGAAAAUUUGUUUUGGCUGGGAUAGGACGGAUGGGUUGUAUUCCAAACAUGAUAGCGCGUGAAACGAAUGGGGGAUGCUCGGAGGAUGUGAACCAGCUAGUCCUACCUUUCAAUGAGAACAUGAAGACCAUGAUUGACAAACUAAGCACCAAUCUCCCCGGUUCUAAAUUUAUCUAUAUGAAUAUUGAUAACAUGUUUGAAGAUUUACUUUCCAACGCUGGAUCCUACGGAUUUCGUGUUGUGGAUAGGGGAUGUUGCGGGAUAGGGAGAAACAGAGGGGAAAUAACAUGUUUACCUUUACAAACUCCAUGUCCAAACAGGAAAGAGUAUCUGUUUUGGGAUGCGUUUCACCCAACAGAAGCAGUGAAUGUUUUGAUGGGAAGAAAGGCUUUCAGUGGCACUCCUGAUUUUGUUUAUCCGAUCAACAUUCAACAACUAGUGAACAUGUAAUGACGUACUUGAGCAUGUACUAAAGUCACUACGAUGAUAUAUGUAGGUUUAUUUGCUGUUCUAUCCAUUCUAGAAUAAUAAAAACAAAUAUUUAUCUUU